AGGAAAAGAUGUCGGUUUACAAAAGAGGAUACAGCAAUUAGUAGUACAACAUUACAAGUGUCAAAGGAAUGCCGUCUUGGGAGUCGAGCAGUGUCACUGUCAGUAGUAGACCAAGUGCCCAACAAAUCCCAGCAAGACUGCGGCCAAUCGACUUUGGAACCCAUGAAUCAUGAGCCGGGCCUAAUUUUACAAAUGCAGAGCACCUGUUGAAUAAUGAAAUAGUAAACCCGAUCAUUUCCGUGAAGGUUAGCUCAUCAUCUUAUCCGCCAAAUUUGCCCUUCCGUCCAUACGAACUCUUUUCUCCUCCUUUUCUUCUUCUGUACCAACAGCGAAACAAGAAGCUGAUGGCGGCUGAGCUGAGCGCCUAGUAAGUAAGAUAUCAUUCCGCCAUUGAAGUCUCAAAAGCCAGGGAGAGAGACAACCUAAAGACACGGAAAAGAUGAUGAGAUUACUGCUCUCAAAGACGGCUUCUACAAGGAAUAGCCUUCAUUUUUCCCAGUUCAAUUCUCAAAGAGGCAUGCAUAGUAGAAACAAGAAAGCAAUGGAGUUCAUUGCCAAAGGAUGGAAUGCUCUGAAGGAAGUUGAUAGAGUGAUAGAUUAUUGUGAUCUUAAUGACCACCGUCUCAUCCCUAUGCUUAGGACAGCAAAGGAGAACUUUGAAUUGGCCCUAGAGGCUGACAACUCAAACACCCAUGCAAGAUAUUGGUUGUCAAAACUGCAUCUGAAAUAUCAUGCCCCUGGUGCAUGUAAAGCUAUAGGAGCUGCUUUGUUAGUGGAAGCUGCUGACAUGGGUGAUAAAGAUGCGCAAUAUGAAUUAGGUUGCCGACUCAGAGUUGAGAAUGACUAUGUUCAAUCAGAUCAACAGGCUUUCUACUAUUUAGAGAAGGCAGUCGACCAGUUGCAUCCAGGUGCUCUUUACCUCUUAGGUGCUGUCUAUUUGACUGGAGAUUGUGUGAAGAAAGAUGUUGCAUCUGCUAUAUGGUGUUUCCAUAGGGCUUCUGAGAGGGGUCAUGCUGGAGCCGCCAUAGCGUAUGGGUCCCUGCUUCUUAGAGGUGCGGAAGUUCCAGAAUCGCUAAAAAGAUUUAGUACAAAAAGGAGAUCCCUGACCAGAAUACAAAGAAAUAAGGGGGAAAGGAGCGAGCUUAAUCCACUUGAGAUGGCGAGAGAUCAAUUUGAAAUAGCUGCAAAAGGAGGAUGCGACCUUGGUUUUAGCUGGCUGAAAAGGCUCGAGGAGGAAGAGAAGCGCGUUACGGCUCCGUGACAAAAUGAAGAAGUACUUCCGUACAAUUAAUUAAGCAAUUAGCAAACAGCUGCAAAAAGCAGGAUGCCGCUUUGGGUUUAGAUGGUUGAAAAAAAGACUCGAGGAGGAGAGGAGAGUAGCGUUCACUGGCUUCCUGACAAAAUGUUAAGACAAGGGCCUCGGUACAAGUAAGUUAAAUGAACAGCCAGCAAAAGAGGGCUUACAUAAAUUCUAGAUCUCCACUGUAAUCUUCAGCUUGGGCUUUGCUCUUUCCCAGUACGAGUCGGACAAUGAAAUCAAAGAUGAAUUACUGCACAGGUAUUUUCUCUAACGGAGCAAUUUUUCAUCACUCCAUAUGCGAGGCUAGCCGAAAUUAAAUGCAUGUAUACCCAAAUAAUUUCAUAUGACCGAGACUUGUUGAUUUUAUUUGCAUGCUUGGUCUUACUCUUAGGCGAGGGAUUCAACCAGUUCCAUGACCAUGAUAUUCCUCUCCCCUCCCUCCAAACUCCAAAGAAUGAAAUGGAUAAUCUUCUUACCAAGGUGGCGGUGUUUAGAUUGCAAUUUUCUAUUUAUUGAAAAACUUUUACAUUUUUCUUAAAUGCAUUUGUUAAUAAUUUUUUUAUUUUACGUGCAUCAAAUUAUAUAUGUAUGUAUAAUAUUUUUAUAAAAAUUUCAAAAAAUAACAAUUUAAACAGGUGAAAACAAAUUCCAUUUUCGCUUGUAGUUGAUUCCAAUUAUUAGCAGUAAGUCGUUGUGAUAUAAAACCACCAGGGUUACUUAGCAAUGACUACGUACAAUUUUAUAAUUAUAACAAACCUUGUACAGUUGUUUUGUUAACUUUUUCUGCUGUAGGAAAUCAAAAUGUCAGCUUUUUUUGCGAUCUUCUUUUACUGUUAUACUAGAAACAAGAAAGAAAGCGCUGAGGUCCCCAAAAUUCUCUGCCAUUUCACGCGCUUUAGGGACCUACCACUAGCGAGCGUGAUUCCUCAGAAGCUUCACAAGAUGCGCCUCCGGAGACUCGUUCACCGGAAACUGAGAAACGAGAGCAGGAUGCGUGUGCCAACUUAUGUCGCCUCGACCGGCAGUGGCAGCGCGGAUCACUUUUUUCUUUUUUUUUUCUAAAUUCAUGCAGGCGAUCCAAGAUUUUUAGGACAUACAUUGAUUUGAUUUGUGAUGAUGAUCACAGUUAAUUUUAUUUAAAAUUUUCUUGUAUAAUAAAAAUGGAGAGCAAAAUAUCAGG